ACUAGUCACUGGGCUGCCUUGAGUCCACCAGGCGCACCACAGGCCAUGAACUCUCACGCUGGAAACACUGCAGACCCUAAAGGGAGCAGAAGAGGAGGUGGCUUACCGAGGUUCAGGGGCCAUCGCGCUCGUCGGCUUCUAGAGCGGCUGGAUGCGCGCCCCCUGGUGGCGCGAGCCGCGGCGGACUUGUCAGAGCUAGUACGGAAGGCGGGUGCCACACUGCGCCUGCGCCAUGAGGCUGAUAGUGUUCUGGAUUCUGCGGAUAUAGAAGUUACAGACAGUUGCUUGCCUCAUGCCACUCCUGUGGAACAUCGACCCCAGCAUCAAAGAUCUGAGACUCUACGUACAUGUAUGGAACCACCUCCAGUAACCCAGAGUAAAGCAAGCUAUGCUUUGAAAUUACCGCAAGACACUGGCCGAUUUUCUGUGGAGCUGGUCCGAGGUCCUACAGGCUUUGGUUUCACUUUAAGUGGAGGCCGAGGUAUAUCUGGGGAUGCUCCAUUGACCAUGCGUGGACUGCUGAAGGAUGGGCCAGCACAGCGAUGUGGUCGUUUGCAGGCUGGUGACCGUGUGCUCUAUAUCAAUGGAGAGUCAACACAGGGCCUCACUCAUGCCCAGGUAGUGGAGCGGAUUCGAGCUGGAGGUCCCUGCCUUUACCUGGUGCUCCAACGGCCUCAAGAGAUGGAAGCCAGUAGGUCUGAGGAGGCUGGAAAACAUCAGAAGAGAGAUCGCAGCUCAGAUCCUAGCAGGAACAGGAAGACGAAGUCUCGCAGCACCAUUUCCCCAGUUCACCACCGGCCCAAAACCCGGCCCAGUCCAGAACCCAGUCCAGAGGCAGUGGCUAUUGGCCACGUGUUUCACGCAGUGGAGCACCCCACGGAAGAUCUGAACGACCGUAUCCCUGGUACCCCUGGGCCCUGGCUGGUACCGAGCGAAGACCGGCUCUCACGGGCUCUAGGGGUUCGUGGUGGGGGCAUGCAGCUCACUCAGGAGAUGGCAGCAGGAAGGCAGAGGCACUGAGCACCAACAGACGUCUCUGUGUUCACUUGGUGAAGUUACGCCUGGUUCUAGCACGUCGGAUUGCCAGGCACUAAGCUUUUCCCUUAAAGCUUUAACCUCGUCUAGUGCCCUCCCCCACUCCACACUGCACAGUGGACUGGUCACCACCCCUUCAAGACGCCAGUGGUAUAGCCCUCCCAGAGCCCAGAGCAUUCGCACCCCACUCCCCCAUCCCCCGCGUUCGCUCAGCUUCUCCUAGUUGCUUCCUAGCCGGGAGGUAAUAAAAUAGCUGAAUCCAGU